AUGGAAGGCAACGAACCACCUGUAGGUGUCAGUGAUGGCAUUGAACUUGCGAUGCAGAGGCGGGCUGAAGGCGUGGUACGAACACUCAUGCACGUGACGAAAGAUUGCUCGCUCACUGCCGGCUUGCUUCCGCUGCCAUACCCUAUGAAGGUGGUCGACCUUUUCGUGGGACUUUGCAUUCAGGAAGUCGCCGCUCUGUCGGCCUUGCUGGGAACACACUUUGAGACACGCAAAUGGGAAGUCCUUUCGUUUGCCGACAGAGCAGCUUUUGUCGUGAUAGGCGUUUGUUGCCGCCAGCCUGAAACCACUUCGCAACAACGCCAUGCACUUCGCCUCGUGAAGUACGCAAAACAGCUGCGAAAUACUAAGCCAGACAACCCACCGAUCGCAAAUGAGGAUCGUUUAAAGAUGUUGGGGGAACUUCUGGACCUUCAGGAAACGGCUUUAAGACUCAUACACACUUUUGUUCAAACAUUUUUAUCAGAGGGGCUCCAACACCCAGAAACGCCAGUGUCGGCGGAAGCAGCACAUGAAUUUACCGAGGAAUUGAAGCGCAUCGUCUACAUCCGGCGUUCUCAGGUGUUCAUGAGUAAGCACUUGAGUCAUCUACUGCGAGUGUUUGAAGCCAAUCGCGUGCAGGGGAGGCUAGUGCGUGUGCCGCAUCUCAAUGCAAUAGACGCAAGCCCUCGAAAAACACUGGACAAGCAACUUGUCGACCUAACUGACCCCAGCACUUGGCUCAAAAAUCCCCUAUAUACGACCCAAAGGCCCCCCAAAGGAGAGUCUAGCGCAGAACAACGGGAGCCCCAAGAUAGGCACAGCGCUGCCCCUACAAGCGACCAAGCGACAAAAACACCUGAUGGAGGUCGUCCUCCGCUUCCUGGUCACUCUACAGGCCAGGCGAGCUUGUCUGAUUGUAGGAAGGGAGAAGCGCAGGCACAAAAGAGUCAAGCAGAAAUGGACAGCAGUAACUCUGAGCAGACUCAGCAGGCACCAGGCGGCAUCAGUCCUCCAUCUGAAGCUGAAAUGAUGCAGGCAGCUCAGAUCCAAACUGAAGCAACGCCGGUUUACUGUCAGCUUCUGCCUGAACUGGAUACAGCCUUUUCAGAACUUUCAGUAGUCUCCAAGCUAGGCUGGGAUGAUCACCCCUCUUCAGACCCUGCAGCCUCUUCCCUGACCGCGAGUUCACAGCCAGUUCUACCACCAGCCAAAGGGACGGAGGCAUCCUGGUAUGGGAGGGAUGCUAAUUGGAACUUUGGCCUGCCCACAGAGACGACAGGGUCACCAAGAACUAGCGCACAGUGGCAACGCCCGCCAUAUUUGCCUCAGGUUCCGAUUCCAGAUUUGAAUGCCCAAGCGGCAUCACAUACGCCAGAAGGCCUCCAGGGAGGCAGUGCAGGUGACCCUCUGCAAAAUGGGGCUAGCUCACAGUGGGGGUUGAUGACUCUUCCUGCGUCUCCACCCUCGUUAUUCCCCUUUACAACACCACAGUCAAUUGCCUCGGAAGGUACAGAGAUGCUGUACUCCUUACGGUCACAAGGUCAAUCUGCAGACAUCCACAGGCCAUCCCGUCCCCAUUCGAGGCCGUUUUGGCUAACUAGAGAACAUAACAGUUGGUCAGUAGAUAUGACCGGGUCCUCAGAUUUAGAGGGGAGGACCGGAAGCCGCUACAUAAUGGGACAAGGAAUGGCGCAGGGAGGAGGAAGGAGACAAGACACGGCACGACCCCCUUCUUCUGUAUCAGCAUUUGUACGACAACGCGGGGAUGCAGUGAAUGAAGACGCUCUUAGAGAGUCGGCGUGGCUUGACAAGAACACCGACAGCAGGUGA